AUGGAUUCCAUGUGGACCAACCUGCUUAGACAAGAUGAGCGAUGCUGCCUCGCCAUCUGCCUGGCAGUCAAUUGCCCUCACAGCGGGCUGACAGACGACACGUGGUACCCGCCGCUGAACAGAGUCAAAGAAGACAUGAACAGCACCGCGGGAGAUCGGUUCAUCGCCUACAUCAUAAGCUGCCUGUGUGGGCCACUACAAGGCAAAGAGUUCGUCGUCAAGGUCGCCGCGCUCCUGGCGUGCCUGAAAGUCCGCGAAGCGCCCGAGGAAUGUGACGACGGCCUGCCGGGCAACAGAACCAACUUGUUGUUCGAGUUUGACAAGGCACUGAACUUUGACUUUGGAAACAUGCUCAUCACCAUCAAAGUGCUCGAACAGGUUUUGAUGUUCUCCGCGCGGAUUUGGGAAAUCCAUGCGCCUGAAGACACCGUUCACCCCGGGACUUUGCCAGCGACUUUUGAUCUCUGCGAUGAUUCGGUGUCGAGAAAGAUGCUAUACAUGUACUGCUGCGUACGAGUCUUGUUUCCCGACACUCACGAGGCGACCAUGCACCGGACACGGGCCGUCUUCCAGAUGAGUUCUGCAGAUGCGGCCGAGCUGUUUCUCGAUACGCUCAGCGACGACGAGCUAGAGUCAGGGGGGCACUCAAUGUGUGACGUGGACGAGUUAGGCGACGAUGAUGGCGGUUCAGACGUCUCAGGUGGAAGCUGUGGGCCUGACGCAGAAGAAGAUGAUAGCGAUAUAGAGUAG